CUCCCCCCCAGGCAUCGCCCACCCUCGGGGGCCUGGUGAGCAUCAGCAACGCCCGGCUGGGCUCCAUGAAGACCCGGUUUGAGGGCCUCUGCCUCCUCUCUCUGCUGGUGACCGAGAGCACCACCGAAACGUUCAGCCAGAACUGCCUGAGCUGGCUCCGGAGCCUGCAGCACCUCAUCCAGUCCCAGGAUCCGGCACCCACCAUGGAGCUGGCUGUCCUCGUCCUGCGGGACCUGCUGGAGUGCUCCUGCCAGCUCCCGGAGCUGGCCCGCGACAUCAGCACCAACCACGUCCCCGGGCUCCUCACGUCUUUGCUGGCCCUCCGGCCGGAGUGCCAGCUGUCUGCCUUGGAAGGGAGCAAAGCGUGCAUGAUGUUCUAUCCCCGGGCCUGUGGCUCCUUGCGAGGUAAACUGGCCGCGUAUUUCCUCUCCCGGGUAGAUGCCGAAACGCCGCAGGUGCAGCAGCUCGCCUGCGAGUGCUACGCCCUCCUGCCCUCGCUGGGUGCCGGCUUCACCCAGGGGCUGAAGUACACCGAGUGCUGGGAGCAGCAGGCCCACUGCCUCCUGGCCACGCUGCACAGCCUGAUGGGGACCCUCUACGAGGGCGCGGAGACAGACCCCCUGCAUUACGAAGGGCCCGGCAUGGAGAUCCCACUGCCAGCACCAGAGGAGGGCGAGACAAAUUUCGUCCUCCACCUGAAGCAGCGCUUCUCGGGUUUGGCAAAAUGCCUCUGCAGGAUGCUCAGCAACGAGUUUGUGGCCCCCGUGACGGUGCCAGUCCAGGACAUCCUGGAUUUCAUUUGCCGCGCCCUGGAUAUCUCCAUGAAAAACAUUAGCUGGUUUGGUGACGGACCGCUCCGAAUGCUGUUCCUGCACUCCGUCCACCUGGAGAGCCUGGAUCUGCUGUUUGCACUCAUCUUGGCGUGCGGCCCUCGGCUGGUGCGCUUCGGAGGCACCCUGUGCCGCCUGUUCCCCCAGGUCCUGACCGCGUGGAGUGCCGGGCGGGAUCUCGUCCCCGCGGGGCAGGAGCGCCCGUACAGCGCCGUCCGCACGCGGCUUUACCAGGUCCUGGACCUGUGGGCGCAGGUGGCUGGGGCGGCGUCGGGGCUCCUGCAGGGCCACGGGACGCAGAGCGAGGCCCUGCUGGGGCACCUGCUCAGCGACAUCAGCCCCCCCACGGACACGCUCAAGCUGCGCGAGAGCGCCCCCGGCCCCGACCGGCGGCCCAGCGCCCCCAAGAAGCCGAAGCUGGCCGGCCUGGGGCCCCUGCACCACAAGCACGACCCGCGGGCCAACAGCGACGUGUGCCUGGCCGCACUGCAAGUCCCGGCGGUCCUGGCAGAUGAGCCCCCCUCCCAGUCACGCCCUUCUCUCGCCUCAGCUGGGCACGGCGGGCCCGCAUCUACCAGCCGUGCGGAGGGGGCAGCGUGGCUCGCAUCCCGGUGGGGGUUUCCCACGCAAGGCGGCUUGAGCCCUGCCGGAGCGGAGCACUGGGCGAGAGAGGCCUGUGCCCGCCCGCCCGCCGUGGCUCUUCCUGGUUUCCACCCUGCCGGUGCAUUUCUUGCGACGGUGGAGGGACAGCCUGCGUGCCCGUCCGUGCGGCUUGCAGGAGGGCGAGAGGAUGGAGGUCCCCCAGCCAGCAUCCGCCCCCGCCCCUUCCACGAGCGAGUGCCACACAGCUUCUCCGGAGGGGGUGGCUGGCCCGGGCUGUGGCGCCUCCCGGACCCCCCAGAGCAACUGCCCGCUCUUCCAGGCCUGAGCCGGAUCGUCCUGCUCGGCGGAACCCUCAUCAAGGAGCAGCCCCACAAGAGGCUGCAGGAGCUGGUGAUCCCGCUGCUGAUCCGGCUGGGCCAGGCCGAGCCCCUGCCGGGGUCCCCCUACGCGAGCGCCGCCUGCCGCCGGGAGCUCUUCCGCCUGCUGCUGGCCCUGGUGCUGGCCCCGGCCCCCGCCUGCCCGCCGCCGCUGCACUGCGCCCUGUGGCUGCUGAAACAGGGCUGCGCCGACCCCAGUCUGCAGGUGUCGUCCUUCUGCUCCGAGGCCCUGGUCGUCUGCAACGCCCUGCUGCACCCCCGGGUGCCGGCCCUCCAGGUCCCGCUGCCCGGGCCGCCGGCCCCGCCGCCGGGCUCCUCGUCCGAGAUCUCCCCGGCCACGGCCUCCCCGUUCCGCUCGGCGCCCCCGCUGCCCUUCCCGCCCCCCCGGCUCCCGCCCCCUGCGUCGCCCCCGGCGCCCCCCUCCGCAGCCCCCCCGGCCGGCUCCCUGGGCCUGCCCCUGCCCCCGCUGGCCCUGGCCCAGCUGCCGCCCCGCCUGGCCCCCGAGGAGCCCGCCGUGCUGCCCUCCCCCGGGGGCGCGGCAGAGGCCGCCGCACUGGCCGCGGGCGCCAAGCUGCGGCGCUCCGUCUUCAUCCACUACGACAAGGAGGAGGAGGAGGACGUGGAGAUCUCGCUGGAGAGCGACUCCGACGACAGCGUGGUCAUCAUGCCCAAGGGGCAGCUGGGCAGGGGGCCCGGCGGCGCCGGCGCCGUGGCGGCAGUCCCCCUGGAGCCCCCCGCCCCCCUGGCCCUGCCGCUGGGGGCUCACACGCCGCCCGCCGUGGCCACCGCGGCCGCCGCGACCCUCCCGCCCUCCCCCGUGCCCGUGGCGGCUGAAGCGCUGCUCCCGGCCCACGCCGAGGAGGACCCCACCGUCAUCAACAUCAACAGCAGCGAGGAGGACGAGGAGGAGGACGAGGACGAGGAGGAGGAGGACUUCCCCGAGGACGAGUACUUCGACGAGGAAGAGGAGGAAGAAGAGUUUGAGGAGGACGAGGGGGAGUUUGAUGAGCUGGAAGAGGAGAUAGAAGAGAUGGAUGAGGAAGAGGAAGAGGAAGAUGAAUUUGAUGAAGAGGAGUGCAUGACAGAGGAGGAGGAGGAAGAGGAGGAGGAGGAGGAAGAGGAGGAGGAAGAGGGCCUGACGGAGGAGGAGGAGGAGGGGGCGCCACCGCUGCCCACUCUGCCCCACGGGAACGGUGGAGAGCCCCCGGCGCUGAUGCCCAUGAAAGAGGAGCUCCCCAAACUGGUGGGGGAGGAGGAAGGCGGGGAGGGGGAGGAGGAGGAGGAGGGGGCCGGGCUGCUCAUGGAGGUGGAGGAGGAAGCCUUCCACGCCCCCGAGGACGGCAGCGGCGGGCAGGAGGGCGAGGAGGAGGCGGCCGCGGGGACACGCGAGGUGGGCAGGACCGCGGGGGACGCGCUGCUGAGGAAGGCGGAGGAGCCCCCCGUGCCCACGAGCGCGGUGGAGGAACUGCUGCCCCCGCCCCUGCCCCUGCCCCCUUCCCCUGCGCAGGAGCCCCCCACCCUGCCCGCCACCGCCUUCACGGAUCCGGAGGAGCUUGCGGAGGAGCAGGAGCGGCCCAUGGCCGGGGGGCCCCCCUUUGCUGCUGCCCCCCAGGAUCCGGAGGGGGAGCGCGGCCCCGCGGGGCAUGCCGGAGGACCCGCAGAAGCCGGCCCCGAGGCCCGGGCCCCGCAGGGCGAGGCGGAGGAGCAGCUGCCGGCGCUGGGCGGGCACGUGCCGGAGGAGGAGCCGGAGGCUGCCGCGGUGGACGAGACGGAAGCCAUGCUGGCUGACUUUGUGGACUGCCCGCCCGAUGAGGAGAGGAGCCCCCCCGAGGCGUCUUCCUGAGGCGGCUCCGCCGGGGCUUUGAGAGGCUGAGAAGAGGACUCUGCCCAGCCCAGAAGGGCUGCCUCCCCCCCCCCCCCAGGGCACUCAUUUGUAUUUUGGGUUUGGGCUGGGAAUGUUUUUACAUUACCAAAAAUGUUCAAUAAAGAUUUCCCUGCGA